AUGGCCUCUAAUAAUCAAAUCUGUACUCGCCCGGGUUGCGGAAAACCAUGUUACAUUGCACCAAACAAUUAUAUUCAUCCUUUCUGCGGCCGCACAUGCGCCAUUGUUGAUUCCAUUUUCAAAACACAAGCGAAAACUUGUGUUAAUCCAGGCUGCUCCAGACCUUGUUACGUCGAUUUGGACGGCACUCAACAUUCCUACUGUGGAAGAACGUGUGCGCGUACCGCUGCGAGUACCGCACCAUCCCCAUCUCUACCGAAGUGUGCUAAUACGAAUUGCAAUAGAACAGUUUAUAUCGAUCCUCGAGGUCAAAGAUUUCCUUUUUGUGGGGUAACCUGUUCACGCGUUCACGCCAAUUUGGGUCCCAAUUGUAUUCGAGUUGGAUGCAAUCGAAGAGCAUACAUCGAUCCGACGGAUCGAACAAAAGCUCAUUCUUUUUGUUCAACCGAAUGUUUCUGGAUGGACGGCACAGCAAUCACCACUACGAAAUUAACCAUUAUCUAUCCGAAUCAAAUCGAUUAUGAUAAUGCACAUAAACGAUUUAGCAAAAAUAUGCCAAACUCGACAAUUAAAGCAAUAUUCAGAUUGCAAAUGCCAAGGGGCAUUGUGGAAAAACAUCUUGCGUUGAGAAAAGAAAUGGCAGGCACUACUAAUUCAAAUAGAAUCACUCAUAGAAUGUUUCAUGGGACGAAAACAGCAUGCGACCCUAUGAAACUAAUUACAUCAUCGGCACCAUCUUGCAAUAGUAAUUGUGGAGUGUGUGGCAUUGUACGCGAAGGAAAUAAGGGUGCCUACUCCAAUCACGGAGGAAGAAUGUGGUUCGCGAAAAAUUCAGCGGUAUCCUUGGGAUAUUGUGAUGGUAAAGAGGUGAAAACCAUGUUUAUGGUAGAUGUGCUUGCACAACAGCCAAACGAUAUUUUGAUUGUUGAUAAAGAUGAG